AUGAGUAGAUUUAAUCCAAAUAAUUUAAGGCAAUUAGAUUUAAAUUAGAUCGAUUUUCAGUAGGACACUAUUUUUUCAGAUGAAGAGUCGUUAGAAGAUUUUAAAGUCAAAGCGAAAAAACUUAUUAAAAGCGCAUUUAAUACCCCCACAAGAAGGGAAUCUAAAUCCAUUUUGCAUACUGGUAAAAAUAGCUCAUAAAAGUCUGUUAAAUUUAAUGAAGUCAAGAUAGAAAAAGAAGGAGAUAGUUUAUAUGUUUCAGAAGUAACUUUACCACAAAACUUAUCAACAAAUCCUGAUGAAUCAGUCUCAUAAUUUAAUGAUUCCAAAUAUUUUCCAUCUUAGUAAAGCUAAAAUAGAAAGUAGAAAAAGCUACUAGUCACUUAAAGAGACUCUCUGCUUUCUUCAUAAGGUCCAUUAAGCACGAGGAGUCAAUCAGCUUAUUCUUCAAUAUCUAAAGAUUUUUAAAAUUGUUAAUAGCCUUAAGAAUUUAAUAUAAAUUAAUAAACUUCUGAUAAAUCAGUCUCAUCUUUAAACAGUUCUUUUGAAGCAUCAAGCUAUUAUUCGAUGAACUGUAAAAGCCCUAGCUCUUAAAAAUAUUCUCUUAAGAGGAGAGCAAUGUCUCAACGUUCGUCUCUCUGUGAGUAGGAAUAUGAUGUACAUGAGUUCGAUGAUCCAGUCUAUUGUAAACAAAAAUAAAUUACAGAAAGAUGGGAAAAUACUCAUAAUUAAAUACUAAUAUAGGAUGUAUUAAAUAAAUACUAAUGCAAUAUAGAUUCGCUUCUCAAAUAUUAAAAAGUUAAAUAGACAAAAAACUUUUAAGACAAAUUGUUUCCUCCAUGUGCCUAUUCUCUAGCAAACAAAGAAACAUCAUAUAAUAUCAAUAAAAUCUGCAAUAUAUCAUGGAAACCUUUGCAUAUGAUCAUAGAUAUAGAUGAAAAAAAAAAUAUUACUUUAGGAUAGUAUAUUAAUAGCAGAGAUAUUAUGACAAAUAACUGGCAUCACAAUAACAUGGCAGACAUAUUAAGCGCACUAGCUGAAGAUAAAUAAAGAGUUAAGAAAUUACUUGACCAAAAUUUUUAUGAAAAUAAUGAGAAAGGUUGUUUUGUUGUCAGAAUUAAUUGCAAGGGAGUAUGGAGAUAUAUUCUGUUGGAUGAUAUGGUUCCUAUUUUUAGAUUAAGCAAAGAACCCGUUUUUUGCUAAAACAAAUUCAAAGCUUUAAGGAAUAUUGAUAUCUGGCCUUUUAUGAUAGAAAAAGCUCUAGCAUCAUAUUAUUAUUGUUAUGAAAAAUUAGAACACGCUGAUAUAGGUCAAACGCUAUUUGAUUUAAGUGGUGCUCCUUAUGAAGAAUUAAACCUGAAAGAAGAGCAGCUUAUGAUAGCAGCUGUAGAAAAAGCCAAUUAAAUGAAUUGGAUUACAAUGGUCAAAGCAAUCUCAGAUGAUAAAAAUAUUUAAUAGCUAAUUCCUAUUUAUAGACUUUACACUAUACAUUACGUUCAAACAAAAAAGAGAGUUAAACUCCUAGUUGUAGAACUUAAAUCAAGAGAUGAUAAUGGAUACUUAAAAUACUGUACUUACAUUAAAGAUAAUUGGGAUAUAAUGCCUCCAGAUUUUUAAGAAUACGCCUUGUAGCAAGCUUAAAAUGACCACAAAGUAUUUAUUACUUAUGAAGAGCUGGUAAAUAGAUUCGACAAGCUUGUAGUAAGCAAAAUUCAUGAUGAUUAUAAUUAUGUCUGUACAAGAAUAAAACAAUCAAAAUAACAUACUGCAUCUAUGUUUAAGUUUUAUCUUUAAAAUUCAUCAUUAUUUUAUCUCUAAGUGAGUUAAUUUGAUAAAAGAAAAAUGACAAACUCUUAUAAAUAUUUACCUUGUAGAGUUAUUUUGUCUAAGUAUGAACCAGAGUAAUAGUAAUUUGUGUAUAGAUAAGGAUUUUACUAAGUAGGAAGAGAUAUUAGCUAAGAAUUUAAUUGUGAAGGAGGUGAAUACUUAGUAUCUGUAUUAUUUGAAACCAAUGAUGAGUAAGCUUUAUAUGAGGCAACUCUUAGUUAUUAUGGUGAUCAAAAAAUAUGCUUUGAUAGAGUCUCUUUCAGAUAAAAUUAACAAAUAUUUGAGCAACAAUUUUCUUCUUAUGCUAAAAAUUAAAUCAAAAGAAAGCUUAGGUUAGGUAAAGCUAAGCACAUAGAUAAUAGUUCAUAGUAUUAUUAUUAAGCUCCUACUACAACUCAGUAACUAGAAAAAAUGGUUAUGUUAGAUUAAUACACAGGUGUGGUUAUAGAAGUAUAUAAUAAUAGCUAAUUAGUAAGCCUAAAUUUUGCAAAAAAUAUGAGUGAAGUUGAUUAAAACUAGCUAACUUACAUUCACAAUAGUCUGUAGGAAGAAAAAGAAAGGCAGGAAUAAGAAGAUAAUAAUUUAAAAAAUCCUCUUAAUGCAAAAAAAUCUAAUAAGAAUAAUUCUCAGAUUAAGUAAUUCUAGGUUUAAUCUGGUUAAGAUUAAACUUUUAUUUACACAAUAAAUAAUUAUCCUUUUUCAAUAAUUUCGAAACUAAAAUAAAAUUUAAAGUAAAUUUUUAGCAUUAUUUUAUUUAGAUUUAUUUAUUUAAGCAUUAAUAAAAUUUAUUCACAUUAUUUUUUUUAUUUUUAAAAAUAUAUAAAAUUCACUUUAAAGUGA